AUGCGGCCCUUAUCAAAGUCGCCGCCGAUAAUACGCAUCGCCAAUGGCACUUUUUAUAGGCAUCACCCGAGCGCGCAGCUCUCACACCCCAACCCGCCGCUCUUCUCAGAUCUGAGCUUUGAGCUCCCGUCGGCGAGCAGCUCUCCUCACCACUGGUGCAUUGUAGGCCCAUCCCUCUCCGGAAAGACCUCCUUCUUGCAGGUGCUCCGUGGCCAGCAUCUAUGUCUGCCGCCCACGGCACGGUCGUUCCCGUACCUAGCCACAGAUGCGGUUCCGCAUCGGCUGAAGGCCGCAACCCGUGCGAUCCAAUACGUAGGCUUUGACGGCGAGCGCUUUGGGGGCGCUGGCCUCGGGCCGGCUACUUCGGCUUAUCUGUCAGCUCGAUAUGAGUCUCGGCGUGAGAACACGGACUUCUCGCUUAGAGACUUCCUGCUGGGUAAUACGCAACUGAACCCCUUCUCGCAGCCCGGUGUUGACGAUGGUAUCAAUGCUGCCCUGCUCGAGCGUGUGGUGAAAGACCUGAGACUCCAAGAGUUGUUGGAUCUCCCUGUGGCAUUUUUAUCCAAUGGUCAGGGCAGGCGGGCACGCAUUGCCAGAGCUCUGCUCACGUCGCCUGAGGUCUUACUGCUGGACGAACCUUUCAUGGGCCUAGAUCCACCUACUGUUGCGUCUCUCAGCCCUCUCUUGCAGUCUCUCUCCGACAAGUCGGAGCCAAGACUGGUACUGAGUGCACGGCCACAAGAUCCUAUGCCGGACUGGAUUACACACCUGGUGUACCUUCGGACGGAUUGCCAAGUUGGCGUCAUUGGAGACAAAGAAACAGUAUUAGAAGGUCUUAGAAAGUAUGUCAAGGGCGUCUGGAAAGGCGGUCUCGCGGAAGACGAGAAGAUGCCAAUAGGACCCUUACGCGAAAUGGGAAGGACAUUAACUUCAAAUGGCGUCGAGGGUCAAGGACUGGGAGAAUAUGAACAGGCAAGUCAAGCUGUUGUUCGCGACAUCAGUAAAGGCCAGGCACCGCAGUCACUAGGAGAGCCAGUCGUCGAGAUGGACGGCUGUAAGGUCAAAUACGGCGACAAGGUAGUGCUUGGAAAUUGGUCGGAGCAAAAGGAUGGCAAGUCGAAAGACGGCUUGGUGUGGACGGUCCGCCGAGGUGAGCGCUGGGGCGUGUUCGGUCCCAACGGAUCUGGGAAGACUACGAUCGUGUCACUUCUAUGCUCCGACCAUCCCCAGACUUAUUCAUUACCUAUUAGGCUCUUUGGUAGAAGCAGGCUACCUGAGCCUGGUUCUGGCGAGUUGCCUCUUACAUAUUGGGACAUUCAGUCCCGCAUCGGCCAUUCCAGUCCUGAGAUUCAUCAGCAUAUUCCACGGAGCCUGAAUAUCAGGCAAGUGCUCGAGAGCGCUUGGGCAGAUACCUUCCGUGCGAAGCCGAAGCUUGACCAGGAAGCACGGGACAAAGUUGACGCCUGUCUGCGGUGGUUUGAGCAAGAACUCAACCCAACGUACCACAAGACGAAGACUGAAGCAGGCUCGUCAUCAUCGGCUCCGACGUUGUUAUGGGCGGGCGAGUACAUGUUUGGAGAGCUUUCAUUCAGUGCCCAGCGUAUUCUGCUAUUCAUCCGCUCCAUGAUCAAGAGCCCGGACAUUGUCGUGCUAGACGAGGCGUUCAGUGGGAUGGAUGAAGCCGUGAGGGACAAGUGCAUGCUCUUCCUCUCAUCUGGCGAGGAGAAGACCUACGCUACAAGCACGACAGAAGGAUCUACAGGGUCAAGAGAGUCCGUGGUGGUAGACAGUGAGGUGGCCAAGGCUGGAAAGAUCAAGGUUCGCGGCCUGUCUGACCAGCAGGCGCUGAUCUGCAUCAGCCAUAUCAAGGAAGAGGUUCCGGAUGCAGUGCGGGAAUGGGUGUGCCUACCCGAAGCCAAUUCAGGACAGCCCGCACGCUUCGGCCGUCUAGAUGGACCGCUGAGGACGGACUCUAGGAGGUGGGCGGAAAUAUGGGAUGUUGGACGAGCAUGA